UGUUUUCUCCGAGUUGAACUUCCGGCGGGGCAGGAAUGAAGGUGGCUGGAGGAGCACAGUGCAGUGUGACACAACAGGCCGGACCACAGCUCCAGGUUGUUACCGCAGGGUCUUUAUAUUAUUACGAAGAAAGAGAACGGUAUCAAGCAAAUGGUGGUUUUUACUGGAGGCGAACUACGAACCUUUUUUUUGUAUUUUUUUUUAAAAUUUUUUUAGCGCUAACAGGCGCCGCUCGGUUUGCGGUUACUUAUAAUGGGGCAGCAAGGUAGGCUACCGCGGCUGUCGCCAGCAGCAGCGCUAACAACUUUAUUUUUACGGACUAAUGCCACGUUCAGGCGUUGUAUAACCGCCUCUUAGCUAGGUGCAACACUCGUUUUAUAAGACAAUGGCGGCUUUUUAACACAAAUUGCUUAUUUAAGGCGCUAUUUUUUUUGAAAUAACACAACCGCGCGGACGCUUAACUUCGACCAUCUCUUCAAUGCCCAGCCACCCGCACGAGAGGUCGACGUCGAUAGAAACCAACAAAACAAACAAACCCCACUUCCGUCUUUAUUAUUAUUAUUAAUAAUAUGCGUUAUUAUUAUCCGAAAAUGCGUUCGGGUUUGUUUUGGAUGUGUCUCUGGUGCUUCCUUCGCCUCGGAGCCACCGGCCAAGAGCAGUCGACCCCGGCUGUUUGUUCCCCCUCAUGCAGCUGCGAUGAAGAUGGAGGUGCCGACUGCUCCGGGAGGGGAUUGACCACCGUGCCGACCGGCCUCAGUGCCUUCACCUACUACCUAGACGUGAGCAUGAACAACAUCACGGAGCUCCCAGCGAAUGUUUUCAAGAAUUUCCCCUAUCUGGAGGAGCUGAGACUCGCAGGGAAUGACCUGUCCUUCAUCCACCCCGAAGCCCUGUCUGGACUACAUCAGCUCAAAGUCCUGAUGCUCCAGAACAAUCAACUUAAGAUGGUGCCCAGCCCCGCCCUGAGGAACCUCCAUUCUCUCCAGUCUCUCCGGCUCGAUGCUAACCAUAUUACCACGGUCCCAGACGACAGUUUUGAGGGUCUUCAGCAACUGCGCCAUCUCUGGUUGGAUGACAACAACCUGACAGAGGUCCCCGUUGACUCUCUGAGGCACCAGGCAAACCUACAAGCGCUGACGUUGGCCCUCAACCGCAUCUUGUACAUACCAGACAACGCCUUUGCAAACCUCACCAGUCUGGUUGUUUUGCAUCUUCACAACAACAGAAUUAAGGAAAUUGGCGGCAAAUGUUUUACUGGUCUUGUGAACCUAGAAACACUAGAUCUUAACUUCAACAACCUGGUUGUUUUCCCCAAGGCGAUAGAGGCAUUGCCCAAGCUGAAAGAAUUGGGGUUUCACAGCAACGACAUUGCUUCGAUACCUGAAGGAGCUUUCCAGAACAACCCGCUGCUGAGAACCAUACAUUUCUAUGACAACCCUCUGACCUUCGUGGGUGCUACAGCUUUCCAGAACUUGUCUGACCUCCACUCCUUGAUGCUUCGAGGGGCCGGAAUGAUGCGUGACUUCCCGGUCCUCACGUGGACUAACAACCUGGAGAGCCUGACGCUGUCAGGAACCAAGAUAUCGGCCAUCCCCGCCGAUCUGUGCGACGAUCUCAAGCUGCUUCGGACACUAGAUCUGUCCUACAACGAGAUCAAGGAAGUCCCAUCCCUUCAGUCCUGCAUCCGACUGCAGGAGAUAAGCUUUCAGCACAACCAAAUUGAGGAAGUUGGCAGGGAAACUUUUCAAGGUCUUCCAGCUCUACGGUUACUAGACCUGAGUAGGAAUAAAAUCCGAGUCAUUCACAGCAACGCUUUCCUCGGCCUCGCCUCGCUCGCCAACCUGGACCUGAGUAUGAACUCGCUGACUGUGCUUCCGACGGCCGGACUGAGCGCGCUCAGUCAACUGAAACUCUCAGGGAAUCCUCGGAUGAAAAAUGUGCUGACGGUGAGGCAGUUACCCAAACUCAGGUCGGUUUCCGUCCCCUACGCCUACCAAUGCUGUGCGUUCGUCGGAUGCAACUCGGUGACAAGUUCUUCCGAGGAAAGCGACGGGAAGAAAACGCCAGGCGGACAGGAAGUGGAAAGAGUCUCCAUGAUUAUGCAUUGCUCCCCUUCGCCUGGAGCGUUUAAGCCUUGCGAGCAUCUUCUGGGCAGCUGGAUGAUUCGCCUGACGGUUUGGUUCAUCUGCCUGUUGUCGCUGGUUUUUAACGUUCUGGUGCUGGUGGCGACGUUCGCGUUCCCGUCGCGUUGCACCUCAAGCCACGCCCACUGGCGGGCCCCGUGCAUCCCGCCGGCGAGGUUGCUGAUGGGGCUCCUGGCGGCGGCGAAUCUGCUGACCGGCGUUUAUGUGGGCGUUCUGACGGUGUUGGACGUGGCGACGUGGGGAUCCUUCGCCGAGUUCGGCGUGUGGUGGGAAACGGGCGCCGGGUGCCAGUUCGCCGGCGCGCUAGCGGUGUUCUCGUCCGAAUGGGCGCUUUUUCUGCUGUCGCUGGCGGCGGUGGAGCGCAGCGUCGCCGUGCGGGAUAUACUCGGCAAAGCGAUGAUGUCGCCGAGGAGAAGGGGUUGCUGGAGAGGAGAUCGCCGCUUCGGCGUCACCGCCGCGCUGCUGGGGUUGCUCGCCGCGUCGGCGGCGUGCCUGCCUCUCCUGACGUUCGGCGACCGCUCCGUGUCGCCGCUGUGCCUGCCCUUCGCCGGCGCCGAGAGCCCGACUCUGAGCGUCACCGUCGUUCUGGUUCUCGUCAACGCCCUGGCGUACUUGUUCACGGCGGCGGUGUACACGCAGCUGUACUGCCACCUCGGAAGGGUGGAACUCGUGGACCCCGAGCAGACGGGCGCCCUGCGCCAUGUCGCCUGGCUCAUUUUCACCAACUGCAUCUUCUUCUGCCCGGUGGCGGCCUUCUCCUUCGCGCCGCUCUUAACCGGAUCCACCGCCGGCAGUCCGGAGAUCGCUAAGUCGGUCACGCUUAUUUUUUUCCCGCUGCCGGCGUGCGUCAACCCGGUUCUCUACGUUCUCUUCAGCCCCGCCUUCAGGGAGGACUGGCUUCGCCUGCGCGGCUGCGGGCGUUCGAGCGGUGAGGCGAAAUCCGCCGACGGGCGCAGAGACGACUACGACGACGGCGGUUCGGAGCUCACCGAUAACCGCCGCUCCGCCGCGCACCCCGGCUUCGGAUGCGGCGUUUACGCUCAGCUCUGCGGCGAGACGGCGGCGUGCGAAAAGUGCGAGGCGGCGCUGCGUGCCUGCAGACACUUGGUCAAGUCUCACAGUUGUCCCACCCUCCCGACGGGGACUGCGGGGUCAGCGGCGGCGGGGGCGGCCGCCACGUGCCAGCGCGCCGAGGGAUUCUGGGCGGAGAGCGUGACGCCGUCCGCUCAGUCCGAGUACGCCGACGAGGGAGACUCCUUCGUGUCCGACAGCUCCGACCAAGUCCAGGCGUGCGGAAGAGCCUGCUUCUGUCAGAGCCGGGCCCCGCCCCUGGUCCGCUACUCCUAUAGCAUACCUCGAGUCAAAGACUAGCGCUCGCUCACGUAGCGCUCGCUCGCUCACGUGGCGCUCGCCCUGACGAUGAAUGUGCCAACUGUCCCGGUGAAAGACGCAAGCACUUAGGUUGGUUUUGGAACCGCGUGAACAAACGCAUCCGAUCAUUUAAAGGGAACUUUUUCAGUACGCCGAAGUACGGAGAAAACGUUUUCAAGGUGGUUGCAAAGCGUUGCAAAGCGUUGCAAAACGUUUUCAAGGUGGUUGCAAAGCAUUGCAAAGCGUUGCAAAAUGUUUUCAAGGUGGUUGCAAAGCGUUGCAAAAUGUUUUCAAGGUGGUUGCAAGGAGUUGCAAAAUGUUUUCAAAGUGGUUGCAAAGCGUUGCAAAAUGUUUUCAAAGUGGUUGCAAAGCGUUGCAAAACGUUUUCAAGGUGGUUGCAAAGCAUUGCAAAGCGUUGCAAAACGUUUUCAAGGUGGUUGCAAAGCGUUGCAAAACGUUUUCAAGGUGGUUGCAAAGCGUUGCAAAACGAUUUCAAGGUGGUUGCAAAGCGUUGCAAAGCGUUGCAAAAUGUUUUCAAGGUGGUUGCAAAGCGUUGCAAAGCGUUGCAAAGCGUUGCAAAGCGUUGCAAAGCGUUGCAAAUGUGCCUCGAUCACUUUUUAAAGCUUUUUUCAUGUAGUUUGAAUGAGUCCUGUUAAAAGUUUUAUACGCCGUUGUUUGUUUUUUGUUUUUUUUAUGUAAAUGUAGCAGAUGUAAUCAUUAGCCACGUAUACAUGGACCCAAAUGUUCCGAUUGCAAUCGGUUUAUUUGCUGAAACGGAAAGAAUCGAACCUCAUUCCCCAAAGAAAAGUGCCAAUCCGAAUGAAUGAACAUAUAAUGGGAUUCCCAGGGGUGGAAUAUUCCUUUCCCGAAUCCGAUUGAGGUAUCUUGUACCCGCUCAAACGGAAAGUUGUCAGGGUGUGCUGAACCCAACACUUUGGAUUCUUCGGAAAGAAUUUUUCGGAAAGUGACGCACAUUCUAAAAAAAAUAUACUUUAACAAAAAUAAUAUUAUGAGCAAAAAAGAGUAAUUUUAGUCGACUAAAGUUGAAAUAUAGAAAAAAGUCGUAAUAUGAGAAACAAAAAAAAAGUUAGCAAUAAAGUCAAAAUAUGGAAUACAAGUUAUGUGAAAAAAAAUUUACAAGAAAGCUGAAAGUUUGAAAAUUAAAAAAAAGUUAAUCUUAAAAGAAAAAAGCCAAAAUAUUCCCUGCCAAAAAAAAUUUAAACGAGAAGAAAAGAAUAAACUUAAAAUAAAAACAAUUUAAAAGACAUAAAAAUGUCAUUUUAGUCGCAAAAAGGUGAAAUGUCAAAGUAGUCUUCACAUAACAACACAAAAAAAAUAAGGUUGCUGAAAAGGUUAGUGUUAUAACAAUAAGUCUAAAAUAUUAGAACAUAUUACGAAAAAAAAUUUACAAGAAAAAAGUUAAAAUUGUUCAAAAUAAAAUAAAAAAACAAAUGGAGAGGAACUGUUGUAAUUUUACGAUGAAGUGAAAAUAUUUUAAAAAAUUGUAAUUGUAAGGUCAGUGUUGUGACAAUAAGUCUAAAAUAUGAGAACAUAUUACGAGAAAAAAAUUUACAAGAAAAAAGUUGAAAUUGUUUAAAAUAAAAUAAAAAAAAACAACUGUUGUAAUUUUACGUUGAAGUCAAAAUAUAUUUUUUAAAAAGUUGAAUUCAAAUGAGAAGAAACUUUUUAAAAUUACAAAAAAAUUAAAAAAUUUUAAAAGACAUAAAAAUGUCAUUUUGGUCGCAAAAAGUUGAAAUAUCAAAGUAGUCUUCACAUAACAACAAUAAAAAAUAAGGUUGCUGAAAAGGUUAGUGUUAUGACAAUAAGUCUAAAAUAUGAGAACAUAUUACGAGAAAAAAUGUACAAGAAAAAAGUUAAAAUCGUUUAAAAUAAAAAAAUCUUUAAAAUACAUUGUUUAAUUAAAACAAAUGGGGGGGAAACUAAUUUUUACGUUUCUUUACGUUGAAGUCAAAAUAUUAAAAAAAAGUUGUAUUCAAAUAAAAGUAUUGAUAUUACAAGAAGAAACUUUUAAAACAUUUUAAAAUUAUAAAUAAAAUUAUUACAUAAAAAUGUAAUUUUAGUACGUUUUACUGGGCAUGCCCCAUUGACUAUUCUGUUUGAUUAUAGCGGCGCAUGUAGACAAGAGAUUGGAAUAUUCCUUUCCGUGUAUACCAUUUUUUUUUCUUCGGAAAAGUCAUUCGGAAAAGCGGGAAAAACUCAUGUAAACGUGGCUACGAUCUUUCUACCAAAGCAGCCACCCAGACGACGAAUGUGAUCCUCCAUCACGGUUUAAAGCUACAGCUACGUUAUUUAUUUUUUGGAUGGGGGGGGUGAACUUUUUGUGAUACACACCAUCAACUUUCUUACGAUGUCGCAAGCGCUGUUUUCUCGCAGUACAGUUUUUUGUAGCUUUUUGUUGGCAACCUUUUUUUACCUUAAAUCAUAUCAAUCCAAUAAAUCCCUUCCAGAAAUACGACUAAAAAUAAAUUUUAUAGAGAAAAAUUAUUUCCGUAUUUUUCGGACUAUAAGUCGCACAAGGCCAAAAAUGUAUAAUUAAUUAGAAAAAAUUAUAGAAUUUUUUUUACAUAUUUUCUGUUAUUAUGUCUACUAUAAUGUGUAAUAGGAAUGUAAAAUAUAAUUUCAAAAUAAUUUUUUAAAUUAAAAAUUAAAUGUUAUUUCAUGGCUAGAUGGCUUUAAUAAUGUUAAAAAAAAAACACAUUUUAGAAGUUCAUAACCAGGUUUAAUAUACUUAAAUAUGUUUAGAAAUAAGGGAUUCUACAUGGACGAAAUUCAUGAAUGGCCCCUGGGCCAUACUUUGGACACCCUGCAGUCGAGACACUAUUUUUAUUUUAUUUUCGAAAAAUGUUAUUUUCAAUGUGGCUCUUAAUACGCUGUAUUAUAUGACACAUUGGGGAAAAAAUAUUUAAAUUUACGAGGAAUUUAUCCUUUAUUCUCGAAAAAAAUUUUUUUAAUGCGGCUCUAAUUUUUUUUUUUUUAUACAACUGAGUAUUGGGGCCACAUUAAAAAAAAGUUGUAAAUUAACUGAAAAUAAAAAGUCAUACAUUAACAAGGGAAAAUUCUUUAAUUUACGAGAGAAUAAUGUCGGAAAUUUGCGAAAUUUUUUAUUUAAAAAAAAAUUUUUUUUCAAUGUGGCUCUAAUACUCAUUACAUUGGGGAAAAAAUAUUUUAAUUUACGAGGAAAAAGUUAUAAAUUUACGAGUUUAUUCUUGUGAAUUUAUUACUUUAUUCUUGAAAUAUAAAAAAAACAUUUUUGCAUUUUUUGCGGGUAAUUUAUUUUACAAACUACUUGACCGAAACCGACAAUAAAAUAAUAAAGAACAGGCGGAAUAGGUGUAAGAUAUGCUAACACAAACACGAAAAAUAAACACCAACAGAAAAGAUGUCCAGUGUUUAUGUAACAUAAACAUUUUUAAGUCAUUUAUAAGUCGCUCUGGAGUAUAAGUCGCAGGAACAGCCAACCUAUGAAAAAAAAAAACUUAUAGUCCGGAAAAUACGGUAUUUUUUUUUGUGAAGAUAUAAAACGAAGAAGCCAAUCAGACUGUGAGCUACGGUAUCGCUAAUGCGAAUGAUACCGCGCUACGUAUCGGUCCAGGAUGUCGGAAAUCGGACACGGGCGUUAAGUGGUUUUGUUUGCACUCGGGCUUAAAAAUUAAUGAUUCUUUUCUUAGGCGAUGAAUCCGAAGUUUUCCAUGGAAGUUUGAACGUUUCCCAGCGUGGAAUGCUACUCGAUUAGCAGUUUUGACGAUUGACGAAAACCGAUUUUUUUUUUUCCGAUUCCGAUUUUUCUUCAAAAUUCAAAUUCUUUACUUCGUACAUUUUUUUUUCCGGCCAUCUUUAUCCGCGAUACGCUUUUCGGGGACACGGUUUGCACUUUUGUCAUUUUCCGUUUCAUUUCACGGUGACUCCCAUCACUCCGAUAUUUUUCCGGAAAAAAGAGUACUGGACGAUACGAUCUCCUGAAGUGACGUAGCGGUAUUGCGUAACUCGCCGACUCGGUGGUCCGUUGUCGGUUUUUGAUUGUGUGACGUAUCUCUGUAGUCGUAGCGUCUUUAAUAUUUUUUUUUUUUUAUGGUGUAAAUUAUUUGAACAAAGUCGUCAUAGCAACUGGGAUGCUACUUAGGAAGCUACCUCCUCAGUUGGAGUCAUUAGCGCUUCAUUUUGUUUCGUUUGUCAUGUUUGAAAAUAAGUAAUGAUUAUGGGAGGAAUAUACGUACGCGUCUUAUGUAUACUGUGAUUUUUUCGUUUUUAUUAUUUUUUUGAUACGGUCUUGUGUAGGGGGGGUAACACUGACUGUCUUGCCCGUGCUAUAUUUCUUAUGUUAAUAAACCCCCCGAAGUUUGACCUUGAAACUUUAAACAUGACCUUGAAAUUUGGGGACUGACAAAUUUGAGCGGGAUUGGUCGAAAAAAAAACACUGACAACGCCAACUUAUGUUACUUUACGACUUGUACGAUAAUUGUAUUUGCUGCAUGUGAAAAAUUUUUUGAAUAGUCGUUUUUUUUUUCCCCCCGAUGUGGCUUUAAUUUUAUGUUUUAUACAAACGAGUAUUUGGGGCCACAUUGGGGGGGGGAAAAAUAAAUUUUGGGACUAAAGUUGUAAAUUAAUUAAAAUUAAAAAGUCAUACUUUAACAAGUGAAAAGUCGAGGGAAUAAUGUCAGAAAUUUUGGACUUUAUCCUGUGUGUUUAUAACUUUAUUCUCGAAAAAAAUUUUUUUUAAUGUGGCUCUAAUUAAAAAUUUUUUUUUAUACAACUGCGUAUUGGGGCCACCUUAAAAAAAAAUUGUAAAUUAACUGAAAAUAAAAAGUCAUACUUUAAUAAGUGAAAAGUCAAGAGAAUAAUAUCGGAAAUUUGAGAUUUUAUCCUUUGUAAGUUUACAACUUUAUUCUCGAAAUUUUUUUUUUUUAAUGUGGCUCUAAUUAAAAAAAAUUUUUAUACAACUGAGUAUUGGGACCACCUUAAAAAAAGUCAUACAUUAACAAGGGAAAAUUCUUAAAUUUUACGAGAGAAUAAUGUUGGAAAUUUGCGACUUUAUUUUCGAAAAUUUUUAUUUUCAAUGUGGCUCUUAAUACUCUGUAUUAUAUGACGCAUUGGGGAAAAAUAUUUAAAUUUACAAGGAAUUUAUCCUUUAUUCUCGAAAAAAAAAAAUUUAUGUGGCUCUAAUUAAUUUUUUUUAUACAACUGAAAAAUUUUAUUUUCAAUGUGGCUCUUAAUACUCUGUAUUAUAUGACACAAAAAAAUAAUAAAAUUUCAGAGGAAAAAGUAAUAAAUUUAUUUAGAGUUUUAGAGUUUAUUCUUGUGAAUUUACUACUUCUAUUCUUGAAAUAUAAAAAAAAAAAUUCAAUGCCACUCAAAUACUAAGUGUUAUUUGACGGAAUAUUAGGACCACGCUGCAAAAAGAAUGAGAUUUUGGGAAUAAAUUUGUAAAUUUAUGAGGGGAAAAAAAGUAAUGAAGUGGUAAAUUUCCAAGAGAAUAAAAUUGCAAAUUUACAAUUUUAAAUUUACAAUUUUAUUCUUUAAAUAUUAGAAUUGGGUUAGAUUUCAGUAUUGGGAUCACAUGAUCACAAAAGAUUGUAAAUGUACGUGAAAAAGUAAAGAAAUUGAAAUUUACGAAUUGUACAACUUAAGUUGUAAAUUUACGACUUUAUCUGGAAUUUAUUCUCAAAAAUAUUAAUUUUUUUAUGUGUCUGUUCUUCUAUAAUGUAAUACUAUCUGUGUUAUACGACAGAGUAUGAGGGCCACCAAUUGUAAAUUUACAAAGAAAAAAUCCAAUUUACAAGGAAAAUUUUUUUUUCUCAUAAAUUUACGAUUUUGUCAAUUUUAAAUUUUUUUUUCUCAAAGUCAAAUUUUGAUGAUUUUAAUCCUCCGUGCUGUCUGUGAUAUUACUACUUUUUUUCCUCUCUAGUACCCCGUCGCCGUAUGACUUGUACAGUUUGCGCAUAUGUUUUCCGAAGCAUUUUGAACGCAACCCAUAGGGGCCGCCACAAAUCUCAUUUUUAAAAUCUCAUGUUUAAAAAACGAAAC